AUGAAGAGUUCUGCUCAACCCUAAAUUCUUAUUAGUCCAAUUCCAAAAUAGUAAUUAACAGAGGAAGAUGAUGAAUUACCUAAUCCAAUGUUGGAUUCAAUUAUAUCAUAGAAAUCUCAAUCAUCAUAUCCUGGCCUUGGAAGAUAGAUAAAAUUAAAAUUAAACUCAAGCUCAAACAGAAGUGACAAAAGAAAAGAUCCUUUUAAAUCGAAUUAUUAAGUCAGAAAUAUAAGCUAAGAAUGCAAAAAUGGGACAACUAAAAAUCAAUACAAAUAAAUUGAUAGUUUAUUCCCCUUAUUAAAAUUAGUUUAGUUGAAUUAAAGACAAAAUAAAACUGAAUGUUUUAAUGGAGAAGAAGUGACAAUUGAUCAAAAAGUAUACUUUAUUAAAACUAAUGAAAUUCUAAAUAUUUUUCAAAAGGCUGCUGAAGGAUUUACUAUAGCGUAUGAAGAAGUAGAAGGUUAUUAAGGUAAAAGCAUGAACUAGAGCGUUUCAAUUUCAGAAAAAAUGAUGAAAUCUAUGAAAGCAAUAAAAACCUUUAAGAAAGCAAAAAAUAAAAUUAAAUCAUUUAUUUUAGUUUCUGAAGUUUCAAAAUAUAAUGAAGAAGAGAUUAAAUAUAAAUAGCAAGUAGAUAAAAUAAAUCUAUUUUUUAAUGACAAUUCAAUUAUUUAAAAAAGUGAUCAUCAAUUAGGAGAGUAAAUCAUUAAAACUAAGUAAUAGUCUUUAAAGAAAGAGUAAAUUGGUCAAUCAUAGUUUUUAUAUUUAGAAAAGGCAGAGCCUUCGAAUCACUAAGCACCAAAAAGAUUUUCUAAUUUUAUUGAAAACUCUAAAACUAUUUUAAAAAGAACAUCAUAUGUAGUUGGAGUAUUUUUAUUAAUUUUCGUUAUGGCAUAUAUUAAAACUGUAAAUGGUGAACCAAAUAAUAUUGAAGAUUUGUGA